GAAAGAACAAGAGGGCAUCAAAAAAAGUUACUUUACAGGUCUUUCCCACCAAGAUGUCAGAAAAUAUUUUUUAACAAUGAAGUUGUCGCAGACUGGAAUAGACUUCCACAAUCCUUGAUUGACUCUCCAAAUAUGUGUGUUUUUAAAUCUCGUUUGGAUUUG